CCAGGCGAAAAGCAAAGCGGCUGCAGUUUUAAGUGAAAAUUUAGCUCCGCUCUCAGCAAUUUCUUAAAAAAAGUGUAAAAAAUUAAUAAGAUAGAGCUGGCCGGGACGUCGUUGACAAAAAUGGCUAUAAAGCUGGAUAAAAUACUCGCGGAUAUUGCCAAGGAGAAAGCAUUACAUCCAAACAAUGGCGGCGCCAGCAAACAGGAGCAGGACGAGGCUUGGGCACGAAUUGGACGAUUGAAUAAGCUUUCGGUGCAUGAAUCGCGUUCUAUUUUUAUAGUUUUGCAAAAAAAAUACGAACAGGAGAAAGUAAAAGGCAAUUCCUCCUGGAAGUUAUUCAAUCUUAUGCACGAAAUCCAUCAAGAGCACAAAGUAGAGCCUAAGUUGGAAAGCGAGCAAUUGCCCAUGGAAGAGGUCGAGGAAUUCGAAAUGUUGGAGGUCCAGGACCAAGAAGAAGAUGAGGAAAAUGCCGCCAUGCCUUUUAUGCAGCCCGCCAACUCGACUGGCUCCGCUUCAUCAGAUGGCGAAAGCCCAGGCAAAUCACACAGCUCUGGCUCACCAGAUAAAGAGGAUAAAUCUAGCUAUACGAAGACCAACGUCGAUACACCACGCCCGGUUUUUGAGGAGAAAAAGCUACUUAACACUAUGGCUCAGAGUAAUACACGUGCCUCGCCUCAUACCUCUGUGUCAGUUGCAGCGGCGGCCCUCCAAAAAAAAGGCAUCACAGUAAAGAAAACGCCAAGCGCGGCGAUCGGCUCCCGAUCCACGCCAGCGUCAAAUCAGCUAAGCAAUAGCAAAACGCGAACCACCAUUCAGUUACCCGAUUCCCUAAAGCGCAAGUUGUCCGAAGAUUACGGCACUCCCACUCAAAAGAAGCUGAUUAAGAGUUCGAAACAUACAGCCGCCAGCGGAACUGCAUCUGUAGCUGAUAGUGCUCCAACGCCCGUGGUGCACACAACUACGGCACAGCUGAUGCAGGUGAAGAAAGAGCGUGAGUCCACCCAAUCGCCGCCUCCGGGCAUCAACAUAAUCACCAUACCGGCAGCAACGACAGUACCGAUGGUCAAUGGCAACAUUGGCGCUGCCACGUCUUCUACAGCUGCCACAGUGGCUUCCACAUCGACCAACGGCUUCUCGCCGCACAACGAUGAGCUGGACUUUAAAAACGACAUUAUUUUUGAUGCAGGCAACGGACACGUAAAGGUGUCAAAUGCCACCACGGCUCCAGAGAUAAUCAAUCUAGGCAACUUUGACCACUCUCACUCAUCGCGACAUGAGGCAUUGGGACUAUAUGUUGCUAAUGUCAUGAAUCGAAUUUCACGACGCGCUGCCGCUAAGCUAGAGAUGGGUAUACUGCGCGCCAUUCUCGACGUGCAGAGCGACGAGCUAGAGCAGUAGUAGCAGAACUUUAAACAAUACUUGAUAAGAGUUACCGCAGUAGAGUAGUAGCAACCCUCUGGGCUAAUAUUUUAAAUUGUACGCAGCUAUCCGCCAAGUUCAUCGCAUUCUGACAUUGCAAUUGUAUUCAAUCAUUCUUUUGUUUUCAUGUCUUAGUUUUAAAUUCGCAACCAUGUCAUUGCAAAAAUAAAAUCGUAUUAAACUUA